AUUUUGCUUAAAGACAUGUCUGGGGUAAGCCAAAGCUUUUCAUGUUCAUCAAUGGAGGAGAUACGUUGUCAUUGUGGUCUUCUUGCACCAGUCAAAAUGUCUUGGAGCUAUGCGAAUCCAGGAAAGAGAUAUCGAGCAUGUCAACGAUAUGGUGGGCAUGGAAGUUGUCGUUUUUUCCAGUGGUUAGAUUUUGAUGUGAAUGAGCGAGUAGCACAAUUGAUCAGAGGACUACUUAAACGAUUGGAUAAGCAUCAGAUUGAAUUCCAGAAACUUGAAAUUGAGAUGGAAAAGAAGGAGCUUGAGGUGCAGCAACUGAGAGUAAAGAUUACUAGGCUGGAAUUUUCUUUGAAUAACCAAAGAGGGAGAAAUAUGCUUUUUUGGGGGGGAUUAAGUGUAGGAUUAAUACUUCCCUUAAUUUUGAAAGGGCUGUGGGAAUCUGUUAUUGCAGGUGAUGGUAUAUUACAGUUGAAAUAA